AUGACAGGACGUAAGAAAAGUGCAAUUGCUUCAAAGAACAAUCUAAAGAAGGCCAAUGGGAACAACUACAAGCAUCAAAAGGCACUGAGAAAUGGAAAAAAGUACCAAAAACCAACAACACGCGACGUUACACAUGACAAAGCAAAAAAAUCAACGGAAAUCAGCGUUUCUGAGGACGAGAAGUACGCAAAAAGAAACUUGGGACUUAUAGAAGCUCGUAAACAUCAGAAAGAAGUACAGAAGCGAAGAAGAAAUGCUUUGUUGGCUACAAAACGCCGAUCUGGAAGCCAGGCGAAAGAGAAAAGAUUUGUUUAG